AUGGGGCUCAAUGAUAUCCUCGACACGUAUCACGAGUGCAAGAGCUCAUGCGAUGCGCUCCACGACGCGCUCUGGCCGGCAAUAUGGUUCCCCGUCGAGGGGGUGCUAGAGGAGAAGUCGGCGGCGAUGAUGUUGGCCAUGAUAGGUCGCGUGUCCAUGUGCGUUGCGUACGGGAAGACCGCUGUUAGCGCGUCGAAGAAGGAGGGAGACGAGGAGGAGAAGACGGCGAUGGCGGCAUGGGCGUUAGCGGCAUCCGCCUGCGCCGUCUGGUGCUUCGUCGAGAACGACGACGCCAAGGUGGCCGAUGUUGUGGAAGAAGGGAAGGCGGCUGCGCUUAUAGCCGGUGCGAGCAACGAGAUCGCCAAAGUAUUCGAAACUGUCAUGGCGGCGGUGCUGAACGCCGGGAUCACCCGGGACGGCCCCCUGGGGGAGGUCGCCUUCAACGUCGCGCCAGCGCUGCAGAGUCUCGCCCUGCGGAGGGUCUAUCCGGGGGGCGAUGCGGGAGUCGAUGCCGAGGUGGUCACUAGAGCGACGGUGGAGACCAUGGCUUUCUGGGGAAUGUGCCCCGUCGCCGGCCCGAAGCUCAAAAAGAGGAGUAUCGCGGUGCUGUGUGACGCGCAGAUGAAGGCCGAUCUUGACAACAGGGGGAGGAAGGGUCAGAGGGGGGAGCAGGGGACGAAGGGGAAGAAGGGCAAGGACGGCACGGGGAAGAAGGGGAGGAAGGGCAAGGACAGCACGGCAGCGUAG